UGGGGUUUCAUACUCCAAUAAUUAAUUAAACUGUAAUAGAUUGUUUUGUUGUUUGGGCUUUUAGUUGCAUCCACUUUUAAUUUUGGUUUACUGCUUCCUUUUGUCUCCGCAGCCUUUAUUUACAAAUACUUCUCUUGGUGCACGAGAUUCAAAGUAUUGUUUGAGUGAUUUCUGUUUAUGUUUGUCCUUUACCAUGUAAUAAUGUAAGGGUAUAACCUCUGCAUUGGUCUUGGUCUUCAUCUACCUUUUUUUGUUUUAAUUUGCAAAGCUGGCGAUAAAAAAACGUCCCACGGAGAAGGAGCUGAUUUAUUAAGACGUUAUUAAGAGGCAUUUCCCCGUCCCUCUGCCGAGCGAGCUGCUUUCGUCCUCUUUCACAUGCGGCGUUCCUGCCUUUUAAAACGGGCGCACAUCGCAGCAGUGUCACAGCUUCUGCUCUGCGCGUAUCAGUCGGAAUAGAAACCAGGAAAUUAUAUUAAGUCACCUACUUGGCUGGUAAAACCAGGAAGAAACACAAACUAUGGACGCGUAGAUAAUUUUGCUUUGUGAAAUGCAGAAUGAAUGGAUUGCCAAAGUGUAUUUGGCUUCCUGCCCCACAGAUCGGCGAUGCCUGCAGAUCUGGCAUUACCGCUCUACCUGUCCGGGGAAGAGUUGUGCUGCAGGCGAGUGCCGAGGCUGGUUGAGCCUCUGAGGCCGUGCCUCCUCCGUUGUUCCAACCUACAAGUGACGCCGCGGCCACCACGAUCGCGUCACGCUGGAGAGAAUGAGGAGCUUGGCAAGGCCAAGAAGCAGGUGUCCUUUGCUGACCACAAGGGGCAAGCGCUAACCACGGUCAAGGUGUUCUCCGAGUUUGAGGAUCCCAUUGACAUUCCGUGCAACAUCUCAGAAUUCCUGAGUCCUAUGGUCAGCCCGGUCCCGGAUGAGGGGCGUCUGGUCCUAGAUUUCGCCCAACCGUCCUCGGACUACGUGGAGUUCCGGCAGAGGUUGGACCGGGAGCGUGUGUGUCUGGAGCACUGCGUGUUGAAGGAGAGAUCUCUUGCAGGUACUGUGAAGGUCAAGAACCUGUCGUUUGAGAAGAGCGUCAAGAUCCGCAUCACCUUUGACACGUGGAAGAGCCACGAGGACGUCGAGUGUCAGUUUGUGAGGGACACCUAUGGAGCAUCUGACCGUGACACCUUCUCCUUCGAGGUGGCUAUUCCCGAGCAGCUGCACCCGCACAAGCGCGUCGAGUUUGCAGUCUCCUACGAGGUCGCUGGCUGCACCUACUGGGACAGCAACCAUGGCCAGAACUACAGGAUCAUCCAGUCAGCACUGAAGAACACUGCCCCUAGUGGACAUCAAGGGCUAGGCCUCGACCAAUUGGGCAUACACUUUGACCGCUAUGGCAGUCCCCGCUGCUCUCACGGAAUCUUCCCAGAGUGGCCGAGCUAUGCCGGGUAUCAAGAAAUUGGGCCGUAUUAUUGACUAAAGGGAAGUGAGGACUUCCUUUCAUGGCUUCCUUCCAGAAGAACAGGACUCGGGAGAUCGGUUGGGGGUCGAGGGAUGUUUUCAGAUUGUGUAUGCAGUAGUCGAAUGUUCUUGCCUCCCACAGUCAGCAGUCCGCAGUUGCAAAGUCACUGAUUUGUGCAAUAUUAUAUGCAAAGUGCAAUGCAGGUUACAUCAUUUAACAGGAUUAGAUCAUUGACGUCCACUGUUAAAUGCCUGUAGUCGUCAUGGUGAUUGGGCUGGUUUGCGCUCUGUGGAAUAGCUUCGGUGGAUCUUGACUGUUGCAGGUUGACUUCCUGCAGGCAGGAGCUCUGGUGCUUAUGGUCCUUGAGGUAAACGACGUGCAUUUCUGUGCACAUUGGCCUACCUGGGUCGUUUUGAAGUAGACGUGAGCUGCUGGAUCUCAUGAAAUGCUCACGGUUAACUGUCAUUCUUGUUUUUCCCUUAAAUUCUGCAAGCUCAGGGAUUUAAGUCGAGCAGGUUAACGGAGAUGGUACCAGGGAGAGUGCAGCUGUGGAAGACCGGGUUUGCUUCGGCUCUGUAACUGUUGGGGCUGUGGGAAGGGGCUGCCUAUGCCACAGCCUGGCCAAUAAGGUCAAUCGCUGCUGCUGGAGCUUGGUGUCCCAAACUGCACAUCUGAGCCAGAUUUUGUCAGAUUGGCUCUGCACCAGGCUGCCCCCUGCUGGAGGCAAAGGAAAGGUACAUGAAAUUUUAAAAUUUUUAAUUUGACUGAAUAUAUAUAUAUAUAUUUGUUUUUGUAAGUUGAGUUAUUUCCAGGAUGUUCUGCUUUUGGCACUGUAGCAUGGUUUUAUCUGUAAAAUAUGAUUGAAUGUAAACUUCCACUUGUUUAAAGUGUUAAGACUGCUCAGUGAAGGUGACUGCUAGUCACCUGUGUCAGUUGGCUUAUUUUUAAAACAAAUGGGCAGGUCGUGUUAAGGAUUCUCCCUGUUAGUGGGUUUAAAUUCAAUUAUGAAUUGCACUUUUUCAAAUUCAGCAUUACAAUUUAAAGUUUAAUUUCUUGCUUUGUCACAAAAAGAGGUUUUGAAUUUAAAAAAGAAAAAAGGAAAAAAAAAUCACCAUGGACUGUUGCUUUAACUAGUGCCGUCAUUGGUGGGGUUCAGAUGUUCUUCCAGGCUACUGAUUUGCAUUGAAUAAAAUCACUUUCAAACAA